GAUUCUGGAAUGAUAUUAACUGCGGUGUGGCAUUGCCCUCUAUCUGUGAAAGAAGUUCUGGCUUUGUCAAUGUCACCAUGUCCCCCUCCACUGUGCAACCAGGAGGCUGUACUCCCGAAUGGACCAUGUUUCGAGGCAAAUGUUACAAGCUUUUUAAUAAUAAGAUGACAUGGCACAAUGCUCGGGACCACUGCAUUUUGCAUGGAGGCAACCUGGUGUCCAUUCUGAGUCAGGAAGAGCAAGCAUUCCUUACUACUCUAAUGCUUGGUUCAGAUGAUGAUGUAUGGACUGGAUUUAAUGAUGUCAAUUGGGAGAUGAGAUUUUUGUGGACCGAUGGUAAAGGUGUCACCUACAUAAACUGGGCCAAGGGUCACCCUUCAUCACACCCAGAUGGGCCUUCCAGGAUGUAUGGCUACUUUGAAUCAGAGAUUUUUGACUGUGUUGUCAUGGUUAGAAGCCCAGAAAAGAUGACAGGUGUGUGGAAAGUUAAAGUCUGUGGAGAUCAAAGAGGUUUCAUCUGCAAAAGGAAAACAGACUCUCAGCUUGCUCGUCCUGUGACAACAGCAUUGCCACAACAUUUCUUCACACUGGCAAAUGAUUCAUACAAGGUUCAAAUGGAGAAAAUGAGCUGGGAUGAAGCUAGGAGACAGUGUAAAGCAGAUGAUGCUGACCUUGCCAGUGUGCUUGAUUCCAUCAGCCAGGCUUACACCAUCCUUAGAGUCAGCAAACUUAAGGAGCCUCUGUGGAUCGGUCUCAAUAGCAACCUGACAAGUGGUCGGUACCGCUGGGUGGACAACUGGCUUCUAAGCUACAGUAAAUGGGCAACAGGAGAGCCCAAAAAUAAUUUCGCUUGUGUAUAUAUUGACACGGAUGGUGACUGGAAAACUACUGCAUGCAGCAACAAGUAUUAUUCCCUAUGCAAGCGAUCCACAGACAUUGCUCCCACAGAUCCACCUCAGAUGCCAGGGAACUGCCCUGAUUCAAAGAAGCAUAAAACCUGGAUCCCUUUUAGAGGACACUGUUAUGCCUUCAUGGCCUCUAGGUCUGACAACUGGGCUCAUGCCACAGUGGAAUGCAUGAGAAUGGGAGCAUCACUGGUGAGUAUCGAAGACCCAAUAGAAUCCAUGUUUAUUAAUCGGAAUACUGAGAUCAUGCAGGAUGGAAUCAAAUCAUUCUGGAUUGGCAUGCACCGCAGUCAUAUGGGAGAAUGGAUGUGGAUUGAUAAUAUGGUGGUAGAUUACACAAACUGGAAACCCCAGAUGCCCAGUGAUUUUGGUAGCUGUGUGGAAGUCCAGUCAAACACUGGUAUGUGGAGUACCACAAACUGCAAUUCUUACAAGCCUUACAUUUGCAAGACUGCAAAAGUUAUACCACCAACAGAGAAACCAUCAAUACGACGUAUGUAA